AUGGUAGUUCUAUUUUUAGUUAGUUUGCCUCUCAAUCCCGAACCUUUCCUCAGUGGAUUCACAGGAAAGCCGGUAAUGGUGAAGCUUAAGUGGGGAAUGGAGUACAAAGGCAACUUGGUGUCUGUAGAUGGCUACAUGCAGCUUGAAAACACAGAAGAAUACUUAGAUGGAGCAUUGUCUGGACAUCUGGGUGAAGUUUUAAUAAGGUGUAAUAAUGUCCUUUAUAUCAGAGGUGUUGAAGGAAAAGAAGAAGAUGGGGAAAUGAGAGAAUAGCAUCUUUGGGGGGAGAGAUUUUUGUAUAUAUUUGUAGACAAUAAAGAUCUGUUUAUUAAAAAAAAAAAAAAAAAACA